CUAGGAUUUAUAAAAAAAAAAAAAAAAAUGCCAUAAUGCGCCGUGUACGGGCGAACGCCAGACGCGCGCGUGUUUCACUUUUCCGCGAGAGUGCAGAGGGGCUCGCUCGAUACAUGCCGGGGGAAAGCGGGCUAUAAAGACAGUGGCACCUUGGGGGGAAGCAUUCAGUAAAGUCUCUGGACAUUGACCAGAUCGUGAGAGACUUGAUAGACAUGAGAAUUUUGUUUCUCACGGUAUUAGCGGGGCUGCUGGCCUUGGCCGUGUGCGAGAAGAAAAAGGAGAUUACUAGUAAGAAGACCGAAAAUGCCGAAGGCGAGAAAAAACAGGAUAAGCGCGGGCUGAGUCACAUCGAGGCAGACUAUGGAGGACACGACGACGGUGGUUACGGGGGGGACGGUGGUUACGGGGGAGACGGUGGUGGCUUUGAAAUUGGCCACGAUAUCGGCGGCGGAGAUAUUGGCGGCGGAGAUAUUGGUGGUCACGACAUUGGCGGUGGUUACGGCGGUGGCGGUGGUUACGGCGGUGGCGGUGGCGGUGGCGGCGGCGACGACGGUGGCAAGAUCAAGCAGAUCACGAUCGUGAAGACCGAAAAAAUUCCCUAUCCGGUCGAGAAGAAGGUGCAUUACCCCGUAGAGAAAGAAAUACCGUAUCCGGUUAAAGUGCCGGUACCGCAGCCCUAUCCGAUCGAGAAGAAGAUCCCAGUGCCGGUGAAAGUUUUAGUAAAGGUGCCGAUACACAUACCGCAGCCCUAUCCGGUCGAAAAGAAGGUGCCCUAUCCAGUUCACGUGCCGGUAGAAAGGCCGGUACCCUACAAAGUUUAUAUCCCUCAGCCCUAUCCGGUCGAGAAGAAGAUACACUAUCCUGUGAAAGUACCGGUACCACAACCAUUCCCAGUGGAGAAGCCCGUGCCGUACACCGUGAAAGUUCCAGUGCACGUAGCGCAACCCUUCCCCGUGGAGAAACCGGUACCGUUCCCAGUGACAGUGCCCGUCGAGCGUCCCUACCCCGUACACGUAGCUAAACCCUAUCCCGUCCCAGUUGAAAAACCAGUCCCCUAUCCGGUCGAGAAGAAAGUUCCCUAUCCGGUCAAAGUUCACGUAGAGCGACCGGUAGGAGUGCCUGUAAUAAAGCCAGUGCCUUACCACGUUAAAGUACCGGUACCAGCCCCCUAUCCAGUGGAGAAGCAUGUACCUGUACCAGUCGAAAAGCCAGUGCCCUACGCUGUAAAAGUGCCUGUUGAACGACCCGUGCCGAUCCACGUGACGAAAACGGUGGCAGUGCCGAUCCCCAAACCCGUCCCCUACGCCGUUAAAGUGCCGGUGGCGGUGCCAGUGCACGAGCACGACUCCGGAAUCUCAGGGGGAGGUGGUGACUACGAGUCUAGUUUCGGGGGACACUCGCAUUAUUAAUAUAAAAAAGCGUGACAGUGGAGGAUUUUUUGCUUCGCGGUUUAAAGAGAAAUUAACGAGAGGGAAAGGGAAAAACGCGUUGAGAUGAAAUAAAUAAUAAUCAAAAGGGAAUUUGUCAAUUCGACUCCACGCGAUUUCUAUCACAAUGUUGUACAUAAAAAAAAAAGCAUUGAAAUGUAUAUAUUCGUGGGAAAAACUAGAAUUAGAUCAGCGUGUUAAUUUGUACAAAAUAAAUUCGGGGUGUAGAUAGACUAGGACCCAUAGAGGGACCCGACUUUUGCAAAUUCUCCACUGCGUCGUACGAGCGGACGCAUCGGCGGAUGUAUCAUGGAAUUUCGCGCGAUAAAAUUUCUUCUACAUUUCUUUUCAAAUGCGAGGAGGAAAGAGCAAUGUGACUCAUCGUAACGCGGUCAACGGCUGAUCUUUCAUACGGGAGCGUUAACGAAGCGUUUCCUCGGCACUCGCGAGUCUCGAAUUUAUCGUUCGAAGUGCGAGAGUCCGCGAGGAAAACGCGGACGUAUUUAUUUUCCUAGCUUAACGUCGUUCUCGCCGCGGGAUUCGACGUGGAAGAUGAGUUUGCAGAACAGCCGUUUUGCGCCGCGAAAGGUGAUUAUGGGUCUCCGAGUCUGCUUAGACAGCGCUAACGAUUUCUUAGAUGUAUAGUAUCGACACUUAAGUACCUACGAGAACACAUGUACUGUGUUUUCUUACGACGUUUGGAACAUGUAACGGACAUCUCUGUAACGAUGUCUUUCGCUUCUUUUUAAUAAAAACC